AUGUCGACGCUAUUCAUAUCAGCUCCUGGCGCUUUAAAUCUAAACGAAAUAAACCAUCGUCAAAUUCAAAACGAAGUAAUUGCAGGAGUCCAAGCGCCAGCACCCAAGGUCGCUGUAAUGCCCUCUGCGGUGGAUGCCACACUUGAAAAACUCGCCCUCGAGUCUUCUAAGAGACAGCACGUCAUCGUCGUGGGUGCUGGCAUAUCUGGAUUGCGAGCCGCAUCCGUCUUGCAACGCCAUGGAAUCGCCGUCACCAUCCUCGAAGGACGUCCGGACCGCAUUGGAGGUCGCAUUUGCACGAGCAGACGAGAUGGAAAGGGUGCCAGAGACAUUGGCGCUGCGUGGAUGCACGAAACUUCGCAGAACAAGCUUGUUCAAUUGAUCCCAAAGCUUGGUAUCGAGUAUUACUAUGACGACGGAACGCCGCUGUACUAUACCCGAGACGGAAGAGCCGGAUCUCAGUUCAAGGCAAAGAAAGUCGCUGAUGAGUUUGCUGACUGGAUUGAGUGGUACUACGACGAGAACCCCAAUGCACCCGAUCGCUCCGUCAAAGAUUCCGUCGACGAUUUUGUGGCCAAACAUCCUCUGAUCACUGCCUCCGAGCGAAAAUGGGCCCCACAAGCAACCCGAGAAGUCGAGCUGUGGAUCGGAACUUCCAUUGACAAUGCAUCUGCCAAGCAUCUGAGCUAUUUCAUGACGGAGCGAAAUCUCUACAUGAAAGGUGGAUACGACAAGAUCGUCAAUUGGACCGCAAAGCCGCUUCUCAAGGACCCGAACAUGAUUCAUCUGGGUGAAGUAGUCAAGAACAUCACUUGGGGAGAUUCUGAUUUAUCCACUGUUGUCCAGACCCAGAAUGGAACCUACGCCGCAGACGCCGUCAUCGUGACGGUUCCCCUCGGAUGCCUCCGUCGAAAUACGAUCUCGUUCUCCCCGCCGAUUCCGGCCUCAAUCCAGCGUGGACUAAACUCAUUCUCCUACGGUGCUCUAGGAAAAGUAUUCGUUGAAUUCUCGGAAGUUUUCUGGCCAAAGGACAACGAUCAGUUCAUGUACUAUCCGUCCCCAAUCCCGGCCGGGGCACCCAUCGACGAGUCGUCUAUCCUGUCCUACGCAACAGUCACCUCGAAUCUCUGGAUCAUGUCCGGAAGCAAGGAACUCUGCAUUCAGGUCGCGGAGCCGCUGACCCAACGCAUCGAGUCCAUGGACCACACCGAUCUGUACGCCUUCUUCGAGCCAUUGUUCAAAAUCCUCCGCACGGAGCCGUACAAAGACCUCCCUGAUCUCUUGAACAUCGAAACCACGCACUGGACUCUCGACCCCCUCGCCGGCUUCGGUUCCUACAGCGUCGAGAAAGUCGGCGACAACUCCGAGAUCCUGGUCAAUGCACUCGACGAACACCGAAACAAGAGGUUACAAUUCGCCGGCGAACAUUGCAUCGAGGUCGGCAACGGCUGUGUCCAUGGUGCCUUUGAGACGGGAGAGAUCGCCGCCAGGAAUCUGUUGGGUAUUUUUGGAAAGGAGUGGGACGGUCAGGAUACAACCGCUAGAUCUGUUUCUCCUUAA